AUCUGCUUACUCGAAAGGUUGUCCCUUAGCUCUAAUUAUCUCUCGCCUUAGUGACAGUAAUGACUGAUCAAAUUACGAACAAAUUCUCAGAGAUAAAACGGAAUUGAUACUUCUGAUACAGGAGGAUAUGCCAUCUGACUUUGUAACGUAGCAUUAACUAUAAAGGAAGCCUCGUGAAUACAACAAACCGAGUCGUUCGUCAAGCAGCUAACAGGCGUUAGCACCACAGAUCUCCACACCGUGUGCUGUUUAAUCUCACUUUCUCUUCCAUUUCGCUUUCGUCUGGAGUCGGCCUUUAGAUUCUGCCACCAAGUUCAGUCCGUGGUUUCGCCAGGAGAGGAUGAACUGGUUUUUUCCCCAGUCCAAAGGCUCCGGACCUCUUCCUCCUCUCAACAGUCUACAGCAACAAAGACAGCGGCAGAUCGACUCACUCAAAGCCGCUCAUCCAAGCCUUGCAGAGAUCCAGAAGGAUGUUGAGUACAGAAUACCAUUCACAGUCAACAACUCCACCGUUAGUGUUAACAUUUUGCUGCCUCCUCAGUUCCCCCAGGAGAAGCCGGUGGUUAGUGUCUACCCCCCCGUUGGUCAUCAUUUAGUCGACAGCAAUAAUGGCACCAUGAUCACCAGCCCACUCAUCACCAAUUUUGGGAUGCACUCAGAUCUGGGAAAGGUCAUUCAGAGUCUGCUCGACGAGUUUUGGAAGAGUCCUCCUGCCUUGAUGUCCACUGCCCCUGGUGGCUUUCCAUACAGUAUGUACAAGCCGUCGGGUAUCGCUCCCUACCCCACUCAGGCUUUCCACUAUGGUCCUCGCCACGUGGGUCCCAGUCACGCUCAGCCUGCUGGUCCAGGCCCAGCACCAUCUCCAGCUCCCAUGCCUCACCAAGGGGUCGAUAGUGCCCAUGGGCCCCCUCGAGCUCCAGCCCCAUACGGACUGAUUUGUGACCUGCCGCUACCUGUUCCUACAGGAGACUCCCAGGCUGGACUGAAUGGACACAUGUACAAGAUGCCUGAGAUUCCAGAGUCUUUUCCAGAACUCUGUGACAUGAAUCUGAUCCAGUUGUCGAACAUGUCUGAAAGCGAGGAUGUGUUACUGGAGUUCUUCGUGACUUUGCCACAGCUCAAACAGGUCACCAUUGAUAAAGAAGAGCUGGUCACCAAUAUAGUGGACAUGGCUAAGAAAAACCUUCAGAUGGAGCCACAGCUGGAAGGAAAAAGACAAGAAAUGCUCUACAAGUAUGAACAGCUGACUCAGAUGAAAUCUGCCUUUGAGACAAGGAUGCAGAGACAGCACGAACUCAGUGAGAGUUGCAGUCUUAGUGCUCUACAGGCUCGGUUAAAAGUUGCCGCCCACCAGGCUGAGGAGGAAUCGGAGGAGACGGCCGAAAACUUCCUGGAGGGACGCACAGACAUCGACGAAUUCCUGACCAGCUUCAUGGAGAAGAGAACGCUUUGCCACAGCAGAAGGGCCAAAGAGGAAAAGUUGCAACAGUCCAUCAACACACAUGGACAGUUUCCUACCAGCCACUAGAACACAAGGUUUGGUGUUUGCUCAGCCAACUGCUGCCAACUAAAAAGGAUAAAGACAUUCGAUGGAACAAAAAGCACACUGAGUCAACAACGGGCACUUUGGAGAAUAUGGAGAUGGCGAUGGUGGGAUAAAAAAAAAAGCCCACUGUGCCCAGAUCUUUAAAAAAAACAAAGAAAAAAACAGUUAAAGUUGGAUGGAGAAGCUAUCGAAUCCCCAAACAAGGCCAAAACUGGGAGAAUGAGCGACAUAGCGUUUUCUACGCCACAUUAAGGAUUGAUCACACAGUGGGUAAUUUCUAUUGCACAUGCUGUUUGUCCAGUUUUGACUUGACUGUGGACAGAGUUUUGUUUCUUGGCAGAAUUUGUGUCACGUUGCUCAAUAAGAGAAACGCCUGCAUCUGAUCAGAGUGGUUGGUGAACACAUUUGCAAGUACAUAUUGUUUAGGACAGUAUUCCAAUUUUACACUUUUUCAUGCAGUGAGCAAGUAAAUGUCACCAUGAACUUCUUGUUAACAUGCUGAUGUCAGUUUCUGUACCUCUUGUCUCUGAGAUCAUUGUCAGGUCCUUGCUUUACUAUUCCUGAAAGGUCCAACGCCUACUGGAGACAGAAGAGCCACAGUAUGUUAGCACUACAAAUCUCUCUCAAAUCUCUGUUUACAUUGGAGAGGUAGUUCUAGACAUUUACAUGAAACUCAGCACUGGCAGUGUCACUUUAACAAGUCAAGAUAAUCUCUCUGACAAACAAGAGGCAAUGACAGGGCAGUGCUGUCGGGAGACCUUUAGCUCAGGCUGUUAAAACUGAACUCUCUGCGGACAGUGGUUCGUCCUGUAAGUCAGUGGCUGUCCCGCUUCAGUUGUGUUGAACACAGCCUCAGCAUCAGUGUGUUUGCACAAACAUUAAUAAUUCAAAUAAACUUGCCAAGGCAAUACAUUGAUUCCCGUAACAUUGUUGACACCAUAAGUGAGUUAUCUACUGUAUGUCGAAAUCAGAGUCAACACAGUCCAAACAACAAACCAGCUUCAUGUUCAGUUAUUUCGAAUUGCUGUAUUUGGUUUGUGGGAGGCGAAAAACUACAAACUAUUGCAGACGUUGACCAGUUUACCAAACAUGAGAACUGAGGUUACUGGGAAAUCAGAGUACUGCAAACUAUGUGAACGGUUUAGUCACGCUACUACCUUAAUGCUUUUUACAUGAAUUGAGUUAUUUGUGUACAUGUAAACAUACUGAUCACGAUGAACACCGUUAUGGUAACCCGACUAUUUUCUGACACCAUUUGAACUUGAAAUGUUUGAUUCAGAGCCUCAGAAGAUUUGGCAUCGUGUUGGGGAAUAUUAGGUUAAAUGCUGCAGUAAAGCUUGAUGGCAUUGGAUACUGUAUUUAAAUGUUAAUAAUAGGCUAUAUUGUAAUCAAAGACUCAGACACCUUGUAUUAUAGGUUCUUAUUUAAUUUGUUAGAGUAAUAAAUCAUUUAGAAUAAACCUUGUUU